GUUUGUUUACAUUUUUUGUUCUCAGUUCGUUCUGUACCCAGCAAAUACUUAUGCUCCUGAGUAGAUAGUUUGGAAUAUCGAUUCACUGUGUUUGGUUGAGAAAGUAUAUCACGGUAGUGUUUCUUAAAUGCAUCGUAAGCAAAGCAUAUCCAGUAGGUAUUCAAUUUCCACACAAAAAAGCCCAGUAGCGUUUCGCCGUAGAGCAAAGCCUGCUUUACCUCGUCUGGGAAAGUCGCAUGAAGGGUUUAAUGUCGAUUCCGGGUUUGAGACGUCUGAGUUUGAUUUGGUUGAUUUUGCCGAAGAUGUGUUCAAUUGUCAGGAUCCGCAGCCUCCGAAAUUGAUACAAGAAGCAGCUGCUCUUUUCGGGUUAGUGGCUGGUACAGCAAAUCGUCGACGCUCUGCCAGCGACAAUCAUGUUAAAGUAUUGGAAAAUCCGAAACAAAGUGUGCACCCUUUACAUUCCGGAAAAUAUCACAGGCGCAGAAACCGAAGUCGAGUCUCGUUCGAUUUCGAUCUGUCCCAUGACCUAGUGGGACAAUUGCAGUCGAGUGAAGACCAUUGCCGAAAGCAGUCGCGCUGCCAAAAAGCAACUGAUUCUAAGGAACAACAACAUCAGGCGCAGCUUCCAGCAGUGUGCAGCAUCCAGCCUAGCGUGAUAAAAUCACCUGCCGCUAAAACAAAUGCAACAUCACCAAGGAUUAUGAAUUGGAAUAAAACUGAUGCUGUUAAAGCUUUACUUGUAGAGACAAAAGCUAUUGAAUUGCUUAAAUCACCUCGAGCAUUAAUACUGCGUUUUCCGGAUCCCGAACUUAAUAAGGAGAUAGUUCAAAGCUAUUCGUCUAGCAUCGAGAAUGUUGUUUUUCAUAGACCUUCGGCUCCACGCUACUGCAUGGUGCAUUUAAAACCGGAUGCUGACGUUGAAAGGGUUAUUCAACAGCUUUCACAGAUAACUUUUGGUGUUGGAAAAAUAUCUGUUGAAAGGAAGACAAAAUACGUUCAGCGAAGGCCAACGGUGAAACCAAAUGAUAUUGAUCCGCUGACUUUGUUUAUCGGGAACUUACCAAAUGCAGUCACGGUGUAUACUGUGAAGCAAAUGUUUCCCACGGCACGCCGGAUUGACAUUGGCCAUGCGCAACGAUUGAAACACACUCGGUAUGCAUUCAUCCGUUUUCAUAACGUCGAUGAUGCGAUUGCCGCAUUCGAAAGCAAUAUAAACAAAAUAAUCGAUGGCAAAAAUAUUAUCAUACGUUUUCGUCGCUGCAAUGCUCCGAUCGCAAUGCCUGAAGACACAAACACGCCUAAGACACCCAAGCGCCAGAAAGGUAGUGGUCAACUGUUUGUUUCUAUUGAACAAAAACCACGUUGUGAUCGAAAUAACCAUCAGAGAUCGGAUAUUCACCAUUCAGAUACAUUAAAUACUAUUAAAACCGAAAUUUUGGACGAGGAUUGUGCCAAAUUUGACUUUGUAAUGAAAUCACGAAUUAAGAUUGAACAACAAGAACGAUUGGACACCAAUGUAGCUCAUUAUGACGAAGAAGAUGACGAUGAUAUCGAAGAUUAGAACCAUAUUUCCAACCGGAGAAACAGGAAAUAGACGCUAGGGGGCCAAAUAUAGCGAAAACGGAGAGCAGUGAAUUGGUUUGCAGUGGAUUUGUUUCUCAAUUUUCGGUCGUAUCGCGAGCAAAUCGAGCGGAACCGUUGUGUUGGUGAAAGAGCAGCUUUAUCUUUGUUUGCGGAUUCCACGAUUAUUUUGGAUAUUUUUCGACGUGACUGCUUUAUUCGAUCUUCUUAGACGCGAUGCAUCAGUUGUAGGGAUACGGUUACGGCGAAAUUGAUACACAGCUUAGAGAUUCACCAGUAGUUCGUGGGGAACAUACACGCCGCAGUUUUGCAUUGCUUGGUCUUUUGCAAAUAUGAGAUCUAGCAUCAGCGCUGCAAACUUUCACUGUCAUGAAAGGAUUUUCAGUUGAAAUUGAAAUCUUUGAAUUUCAAUUUUCAACGAACGAGCUGAGAAUGAAAGAGGCUUUCAGCUCCAAUCAGUUGACAGUGAUAGCAGCAUUUUUGUGAUUUCGCACACGCUGUGUUGCUUUAGCGAUGUUUAUGCGGUUAAGAAUGUAGAUGUUUAUAUAGUUCAUCGACUUCAUGCAAUGAAUUGGCUCAAAUCAAAUAAUUUCGAUAUUGAAUCAGACAUCUCAUUUCUUUCAAUGACCCGACUAUCAUUGGAAAUUGACGCCACUGAUGCUGAAGGUCGUUUCAACUUGAGACAGUGAAAAUGCGGUUUUUGUCAUCUUCGUUUACAGUGUCAAAAAUUUGCAACACUAUCUAGCAUGCGCUUAUCAUUAAUAAAAUUGCGCUGAUUUGUGUCAACCCAUACAGAGUAAAACGAGUACGAAAAAAACCUAAAUUAAUCCACCUAGCGGUCCGACCCAGCCUUUCUCAUUCAAUAUUUUAUUUGUAAAAAUAGAUUUACAUGACCGCUUCAAUCUAAUAAAUGUAUAUUCACUCUUUAGGUUCUAAAAUAUUGAUGUUGUAAUCUUUACAUAUAAAAAUGCAGUCAAGUCUGUCUGUCUGUCUGAUCCAUAUAGGCCCGAAAACUACCUACUACGAUCGACGUGAAAAUUUGUAUGUAGGGGUUUUUGGUGCCGAUAAAGGUUCCUAUGAUAGUUUGAGACCCCUCCCUCUUCUGGAAGGGAGGAGUCCCAUACAAAUGAAACAUAAAUUUCUGCACAACUCAAGAACAAACCAAGCAAAUGAAACCGAAUUUGGCAUGUGAAUGUUUUAAAAGGUAACUGAUAUGUCCAUAAUAGUUGGAUGAAACACAAAUUUGUGAACAUCUCGAGAACUAAUCAACCAAAUGGAACAAAAUUUGGCAGGUAAAUGUUUUUAGUGGUAACAAAUAUAUACAUAAUGGUUUGACACCCGACUCCCUCUUCUAUAAGGGAGGGAUCCCAUGAAAAUGAAACACAAAUUUCGCACAGCUCAAAAACCAAUCAAGAAAAUACAACCAAAUUUGGUAUGUGCAUGUUUUUAGAGGUUACAAAUAUGUCCAUAAUGGUUUGACGCUCCUCCCUCUUCUGGAAGUACAUGUUUCUUCACAAAUUUCUGCACAUCUCGCGAACUAAUCAACUAAAUGGAACCAUAUUGGCAGGUGAAUGUUUUUAGUGGUAACAGAUAUGUUCCAUAAUAGACCUCAGACAACAUUUUGGAUUGUAAGAUGGCAACUUCCGGUUUCUGGAAAACAGCCAAAAAUGGCAUAUUUCCACCCAAUAUAAUAAUAUCCCGAUCUAGAAAAAUACACAGGAGCUAAAAUCGACCACAGAUAGCAUUUUAAAUUCUAAGAUGGCGACUUCCGGUUUCUGAAAACAGCAGAAAAUGACCAAAUACCACCCAAUAUGAGUUUUUCUAUAACCAGUAUGCCGUUCAAAAUCCAGAAAUUGUCUCCAAAUGCCAUUAUGAAAUCCAAAAUGGCGCCUUCCGUUGUCGGAAAAACAGCGGCAAAUGACCAAAUACCACCCAAUAUGGGUAUUUCCGGAACCGUAAUGAUGCACUGGAGCCACAAAUCGACUUCAGACAAUAUUUUGAAUUGUAAGAUAGCAACUUCCGGUUUCUGGAAAACAGCUUGAAAUGGACGAUUCCCAUUAAAUAUUAGUAUUUCUGGAACCAAAAAGAUGCACAGAAGCUAAAUAUUGAUCACAGACACAAUCUUGAAUUUUAAGAUGGUGACUUCCGGUGUCUGGCAAACAGCCGGAAAUGACCAAAUACCAUUCAUUAUGAAUGUUUUCGGAACCAGAAUUAUGCCCAGAUGACAGAAAUUGAUUUCACAGGCAAUUUUAAAGUCCAAAAUGACGACUUUCGGCUUCUGAAAAACAGUCCAAAGUGACAAAAUAUCACCCAAUAUGAGUUUUUCUUUAACCAGUAUCCUAAAUACAAUUUUGAAAUCCAAGAUGGCGACUACCGGUUUGUGAAAAACAGCCUAAAAUAAACAAAUACUAUCCAAUAUGAGUAUCUCUGGAACCAGAAUGAUGCAAGGAGCUAACAAUUGACCUCAGGCACCAUUUUGAAUUGCUAAAUGGCAACUUAUAGGCAACAGUCGGGAAUGACCGAAUAACUCUAUAUGGAUAUUUCCGUAAACGUGAUGAUGCAUAGAAACCAAACAUUGACCCUGGACACCAUUUUGAAUUUAAAGACGACCACUUUUAGUUUCUGGAAAAUAACCAAAAAUACCUCCCAAUAUGGGUAUUUCCGGUGUCAGACUGAUGCCAGAAAGUCUGCUGAUAAUGACAGAAUACCACCCAAUAUUAAUAUAUUCAGAAUUAAGGCGAUGUACAGAAGCCAAAAGUUGAGGAUAUUGUCAUUUCGAUUAAACCAAUCAUUUCAAACGAUUUGUCUUUUGACUUUGAUCAUAUCCUAUGACCGAUUCGUCGUGCAUUUGCAGACUUUAAACACAUUGCAAGGAAUCAAUGAAUUUGGAACGUUCAAAUAGUACGAUACCACAUUUAAAUUAUGUUGAGGCCACAUAUAUCGAUCAAAGCAGGUAUAAUUUCAAAUAGCCUUUGAAUUUCUCUUCUUUCCAUAACUUUUGAGCCACAUAUCAAAUUGUUAUGAAGUUUGUUAUUUGUAAGUUUGAGAGAUGACUCGUUCGUGUGACACUAGUUAUGUUCAAAUAAGUCAUGUAAUCUUUGAGAUAAUAGACUUUCGUUGUUUUAUUAACAAUUUAAUACAUAACGGCUGCUUAAGUUCGAUUAUAAUCAAAUGAAAUGGGAACGUGUAGGGCAGCCAAACUUUGAAACCACGUGUUCAACCAUAAUUCAUCAGUUAACCCUUAACUAGCCCGCUCAUCUGAUAAUAAUAAUCAAAUCGGUUGUGUAGUUUCUGAGAUAAUGAAGUUUCGUGAUUUUCACUAGUCGGUACAUUGUAACGCGGACGAUCGUCACGCGUUCGGUGAUUCUCGUUCUGAAGGAACUCAAACGGUUGACUUCAAUGCGCCAUCCCCGGAGGGGAUCAACCGUCGUGUUGUAUUUGCCCGGCAAGAGAUCUCCUUUCAGGGCGGAUUCAGUAAAAGAACCCGAGCUGUGAAUCGCGGAAGGUAUGGCCAACAAUAACCAACUUAAACGGCUAUCUGAAAACUCAACGCCAGUGGCAAAAACGCAGAAGAGGUCUUCGAAACAACCCGUCGCUCGGCCAGUUAGCAAAAAUCCACCACCCACUACUUUAUCAUCACGGGAAACAGACUCCAAUCAAACUAACCGUUUCGGUCGGUAAGGUGGGUGGAGGGGAUUGAGAUUCCCAAGCAAUCCUUACUUGGAGCAAAAAAGAAGAAAACGAACGAACCGCAACUGGACAAGCGACGUGAAGUUUCUAACAGACCGAACCAAUCAAUAGGGGUAGCUUCUCAUAUUCGCCAAAAUGAUCUCAACUGAUUUGUGGGUUUACAUUAUCGGUAACGUCGGUACAUAGUGCACUGGUUUAUUUGUAGCUAAAUUACACGCAUCUUUAUCUUCGGCCUUUGCCGACCUCUCCUCCAAUCUACAUACUGUCUCAUCUCUCACUUCUUUCCCCCUCUCUCUAUCUACUGACCUAUCGUGUGCGGUUUUAGUUCUAUCGAUUUCUAAUCGGGCCUCUUCGAACGGGUUAUUUCCUUAUAUCAUCUUCUAUUACACUUUACAUGCGCAUGUUAUUAAAAAGGGUUUGAGUACUCACUGACCGUAGAUUUUUGUAGUGCUCGGGAGCAUACCUCGAUGAAACAAUGGUGGCGGUGCGACGAAACGAUGGCGUCGCUGGUGGUUGCGAUGACGCCGACGAGGGACGUGGUAAAUUUCGUUCCUGUCGAUAUGUUGAAAACGCUUGAAGAAUCGACGGCGUUCGGACUGAACCGUGGAUGACCGUUAGCCAAUUCUAAGCCGUGGCGGGCAAAGCGAUCCUGGUUUCGCUAGAAGUGGUUGACAAAGCAGCACGUUCCACGUGCAUCGAUAGAACCGUUUCCUAUGGUUCACUUAACGGUGGUGGGAAUUGUUCGCUAAUAGACAAAAAUCCGUUUGAACGGCUUCUAUUCUCAGGCCUUUCACGCACACGAUACCGCACAAAUUAUCCUAGGCACUAAAUUCUGUCUCCUAAUUAUUUUAUAUCACUCGACAACGCGCGGAUCCAACACUCCACUUACAUUCGCGAACCAGGUUAAAUAAAGCUCGACGCUGCGAGAAUCCCUCAGUUAAAUAGUGAGCAAUCUUCGGGAAAUUUGAACCGGAAGUACGUUAUCUAGCCGAAACAGGACAACGACCUUUCCAAACGACAGGUUCUCCCAAAAUCCAAUUCGUUGUUAAUCCGGACUGGCAUCUCUUUUUCGUUCAAGCCGUUUAAAUUAAGCCAUCUCAGAUUCUGCCGACUACUAAGAAUUCCCCUACUAAGAGAGAUCUUGCCCGACGGAGAGAAUACCGUGGAAAGACGGAAUAAAGAUUAACCGAGUGUCCUCUGGUUAAGUGUUCACGCAGCAGGGACUUUCAUAGAAGCUAUGCGAACCGCAGCAGAGAGCCGCAUAAGCUUUGUACGUUCGCUCGAAAAGGUGCGUGUCUGAGAUAUUUGCAUACUUGCGUCUUGUGCCAUUCUUAUCUAGAUAUUCGAUUUGAAGUUGGUGUAAUAAUUAUCACCACAAUAGUGAACCAGAAUACAACGAAGAUUUUGGUGAACAAUACGGAUAACAAUCAUACUAUAAUAAUAAUUCCUAACAUUGAAAUAACUCUAAUCAUGCAUUUGUACAAUAUCUAUAUAAGUCAAAAUGUGACCAUGUUACAACAUUACAAAUGAAGUUACAGUUCGAUAACAGUAAAAUUCAAUAGGGUCUUCUGAGGCAGCUAGACCAUUCAUUUGACACUAAUUUUGUGCAAAUCGGGUCGGCCAUUUCUGAGAUAAGUGAGUGAGUCCAAGUAGUCUUCGGAAUAUGUUCCUUUGCAUAGCUGGAUUUCACAUUUUUAAACAUAACAGGCAAAGUAAUAGUCCGAUUGCAAAACAAAUCAAUAGGGUCUUAUGGGGCAAUUAGACCUUCCAUUUGACACUGAUUUUAUGAAAAUCGGUUCAGCCAUCUCUGAGAAACAUGAGUGAGAUUAAACAGUCUUCAGAACACGUUUCUUUUCAUAACUUUUGAACCACAAGUUCAAUCUAUAUGAAAUUCAAAACUUAAGGGUGUUCUAGGUAGCCCGUUCUUUUGAAACCAAUUUUGUUCAAAUCGGUUGUGUAGUUUCUGAGAUAUUGAUGUUUCAUGAUUUUCACAUUUUUAAACAUAACCUCUAAACUGAAAAUCCGAUUACAAUAAAAUUCAAUAGGGUCUUAUGGGGCAACUAGACCUUUCAUUUGCAAUUAAUUUCAUGAAAAUCGGUCCAGCCAUCUCUGAGAAAAGUGAGUGAGAAUAAAAAUCUGCACAUACACACACACACAAACACACAUACACACACACACAUACAGAAAAUGCUCAGCUCGUCGAGCUGAGUCGAGUGAUAUAUGCCAUUCGGCCCUUUGGAGCACUUUUAUACUUUCGGUUUUGCAAGUGAUUGCUAUACCUUUCUAUGAGAAAGGCAAAAACAGCAGCAGGUAGCCCCACAAUUUAAAAUAAACCAUCGUUAAAUCAGACUGAUCGUAGGUACUCCAUGAACUAAUUUUUUUGCCCUAUGACCUACAUUUUAAGUUAUAAAGUAGGCAAUUUAUGUGAUUUUUUCGAGGAUGCUAAUAAUGAACAUGGGCUGAGGAUGUGAUAUGGACUUAUAAAAAAUUUCCCUUGUCCAGACGGGACACAAACCCGCAAUGUCCGAUGUCUCCGGUAUGGUGUUUUGACCAAUCAAACUACUGGGAGAGGUAGUUUCUUCAAGACCAAUAUCCAUCACCCUUCUCUAUUGCUCUAUGCUCCACACACGCCUCGAUCAACCACACAGACUGCCUUUUGGAAGUUAUUUUUGUACCUGAACGAUUGUCUGCUCUCACACUUGUAUAGCGACUUACUAUAUCUGUUGGGAAGGGAAGACUAGGUGAUUCAGGCUCCUGCAGACCUUCUACAGAAACGCAUCUAACGGAAGAGCUUCGUUAAGCUGGGAUUACUUCAUGAACUAAAUACAUUUUUAGUUCUAUUACUUACAUUUUAAGUUAUAAAGUAGGCAAUGAUUAUGUAAAUUUUUUCAAGUCUAUAUCACAUCAUUUCAUUAUUGGCAUCUUCGAAAAAUCACAUGCAUUGCCUACUUUAUAACUUAAAAUGAUCGUAGGUAGUUACCGAAAAAUAAUUUUCGUUCAGAAAAAUCAAUACGGCACCAAAACGGCUAUCAGGAUACCGUCGUCGUGCAUAUUUUGACUAUUCAAUUGAGAUCAGAGAUGCCAGAUGUUUUUGAAAAAUGUCUGCAACUGCUCGAAAAACUGGAAAAAUCUGCUUGAAAUUUUAAAAAAAUCUAUCCGUGAUUCUAAAAAAUUUCGCUCACGCAGGUAAAAUUCUGCGAAAAUCUGCACACAUUUUGAGAAAGUCUGCGCAAAUAUAAGGAAACUCUAACUAAAAUCUGCGGAAACAAUUGAACAUCUGCAAAUAUCUGCGAAUCAAUAAAAAUCUGCAAACGGACUCUAAAAAUCUGCGUUUUGCAGACAAAUCUGCACAUCUGGUUUCGCUUACUGAGAUUGAUCCUUCCAGAACACAGAGUAGCGAUUUACAAAAAAGUGUGUUGAGAGGAAACGAUCGUCGAGCUUUGUUUCAGUAAGAUUAAAAUUACUCUUAGAAACUGCUAAGAAGAAUGCACUAAUUUUGUUGUGCAAGCCACGCACAGUUGUAGUAAAUGCGCAUCACUGUAACGUUAGUGGUCUAAACUCGAAAAAUCGUGAUCGUUUUAGAUUUGACUGUGAAAUCUAGAUAAACAUUUCAAAAGGUCCUAUCUGCUUUCAUAACUUUUUCGGAGCCUCUUUUCAUUUUGGUAAUGGUUCAGCUUUAGUAACUCUUCCAAGUGUGAUUUUCAUUCAGAAAGCUAGAGUGAUCCUCCGCUAUCAACUUGUGCAACUAACGUGUCGUAAAAGGUGUUUAAUAAGUUGUGGUGAUUGAAUGAAAGUGAUCGAUCAAAAAAUCGAUCAAAGCAGAUAGGAUCUUCUGAAAUGUUUCUCUAGAAAUAUUGAUUUUAUGUACCCAGUGUCUUCAGCAAGUUUAUUCCAUAUAACAAGGCCUUGCUUUUGGCGUUUUCGGUUUUUUCAGCAAAAAACUAGAAAUAUCUUUACAACAAAUAAAAAUAUCAAACCAAUAUAUUCUACAAAAAUGCGAGGCUUAGCAGAAUUAACAAAAUCUUAGAACAUCUUGAAUUGUUUCGCCAAUACCCGAAAUGUUAUGGACAAAAAACUAAUUUUGAGGAGUGUUCCUCAUUAAACUCUAUUUCGUCAUAUCAGACGUACAGAUAGAAGAUUACAGUGUUCAGCAAUUCUUUUUCCUAUAGAUUUUCCUACAACUUUGCUGAAGAAAGCAAUCUGGUAUUUUGAAAAUUAUAAAAAAUAGUUUUUAUAUCUAACUACCCCCUACCCCCUAAAAUCGAAAACUCCAAAAGAAAGGCCUUGUUAUAUGGAAUAAACUUGCUGAAGACACUGGGUACAUAAAAUUAAUAUUUUACAGUCAAAACUAAAAAGAUCACGAUUUUUCGAGUUAAGACCACUGUGCCCAGGCAGGAGAGCAUAAGAAAAUAAUAACUCAUCAAUAACAUAUUUAGCUAUGAGGACUUAUCGUGUUAUUCGAAGGAUAUUCACGUUUCAAACAUGCAUAUGAAAACAUCAUAAAACUUUGAUAUCAUAUCUCGCUAUGCCUUCAAUAAGAUACUUGAGUUGAUUUUAAAAUAUCUUAUUUAAAGUAAGUUUUUAUGUGAAAUUUGUUCGUUAUUGAUUAUUUAUAAUAUAUUUAGUUAUGCAUUCAGUGUUCAAUAAGUUGAAAACAUUUGAAUCGGUCAUUUUCGUGAAUUUUAAUGCAACUUAUUGGUUUGUUAUUGAAAUAUCAAGCUUUGUUAUUAAUAUAGUCAUGGAGGAACAAUAUUUUUGUAUUAUUUUUUGUUAUUUUACCAACUAUGUAAACCAUAUUAAGAUCAAAAUGAGGUGUACUUCCAAUAUCUGGUUGUGAUAUUAUAAUGAUAUUUUUUCCUGCUCGGGGAGGUACCGAAAGGUCAGAUGAUGAUGUUAUACCAGAGUUGCCAAUAAAAUUUUCGAUUUAUCUGGAAAAAGGCUGAAAAAAAAACUGGAAAAAACUGGAUUCCAAAUAAAUUCAAAAUAAGCAAAAAAAAUGAUUGUGAGAGUGCUUUUCUGUUAUGGGGACUGAAUCCAGUGACAGUUUUUUAUACAGAUAACUCUUCGCAAAAAAUGCUCAUUUUAAUCAGAACUGUUUCGUUUCGGGCUUACAUUUUGUUAAAAUUAUGGGCUGAAAACUUUCUUCUAACAGCAGCAAAAUUUAAAAUUACGCAAUCAAUCUAUCUCAAAAUUAGAAAAAUAGAGCAACAUUUUCUUUCGUUACAUUAGUGAAGUUUAAAUUUCAAUUAUUUCUGACUUCGCUAUCUUUUGGUAUCUAAUUCUUCUAACAAUUUUUAACUGCUACGCAACAGAAAAUAAAUGGAAUUUUUUUUUUCAUGGUCUGGUAAAGUCUAUUUGUUUGGUUUUAUCUCAACCAUGUCAUGCAGUCUUUAAUUUGACCGUGUUUCGUGCGAGAAUACUGAAAAUGCUGUUAAGAAUUGUCAAAAUAAUUUAUCAAUCUACAAAAUUACCGUUAUAAAAAUAUUUCCGAAAAUCAAUCGGAGCUUCAGUGAAUAAAAAACAGGAUAAAACUGGCAAAUAUCUGAGAAAACUGGAAGAUUUUGGGAAUAAACUGUUUGACUGGAUCAUUUGAAAAAAAACUGGAGGAGUCCAGUUUAAACUGGAACAUUGACAACCCUGGUUAUACAUAUCAGAUGAUGUAGGCUAAAGACCCCGUCAACAUUUUAGAACAUUUGUGUCCUUUUCACUGAAAUUGCUUUAGGCCAUGGGUUUCCAAAUCAUGCUCCGUAGAACACUUGAUGCUCUACGAAGCAGUUGCAAGUGCUCCGCGACGUUUCUGAUAAAAAUAAAAACCAGCCGCAAAAAAAAAAAACAGAUUCGGCCAGUUUUUCUCGUCUUUGACUCGGCAGAAACUUUUUUUUUAGCACCUUCGCCAUUAGGGUAUUGUCAUGUGUGUAUCCGGAUAUCUCUUCGUGCAAAAUAUGUAAAACCGUUAUCUAUACAACCUUUCUGUUGGCCGCGGAGAAAUUCACCAACCUGUGGCCAUCCUCACUACUGGUAGCAAAGAAUCUGUGUAUACCAAUUAUUGGACGGCAAAACUAUUCCUGUCUAACCUGUGCACCACCAGGACUCAAGGUGAAGAUCUUUAUAUCAUGUUUUGGGCACUCUUAAUAUGUUUUUUUCGAGAACUUCAUAGAACUCCUCCUUCACGUCAUCAGGUUUGCCGUUUUUCGGUGUAAGCUGCUCUUGAUGCUCAACACACGGUUCACGAAACGGUCACUAACCGGCCUUCACCUAAUGACCCGCUUGAUCUGUUUUCAUCGUAUGACGAAAUCGACACUUCGUCCACUUUUGUCGCAGCCACUGUAGUAGAUGUGGUGUUUGAAAGUCGUUUUCGCGAUGGGCUUGUCUUCGGCGUUCACAUUUCCACCUUUACAUUUUGCAUUUCUAAGAUGCCCACGCGUGCCGGUUCGAGUUGAGUUCCGAUGCUCCAAGUAUCGAGUUUUCUAAAAUGGUUCCUUCUCGUUCACCAGGAUCGAUGCCGAUUGUUUCGAUUUGAAUUUACUUCUGAAUUAUUCGUAGUAGGAUGCUUUCAGCAUAUUGCCAUACCAGGGCUGCAGCCUUCGAUAUAUGUAGCUGGUGGUACAUCGCAUUCCAUAGGUCAGUCGUUCGCUCCGAAUAAGACGCAGUUAUACGCCACCCAACAUGGGAAAACAGACGAAAAAUAGAUCAAAAUUUGAUAACCUACAUGCAUUUUGAAUCCAUUUACUCAUUGUUUACAAAAUGCAGAUACUCCGCUAAAUAUUUUGGCUUAAAAUAGUGCUUCGCCGAGCAAAAGGUCUGGGAACUCCAACGUCAAUGCCCUUAGUUACGACGAAUGAAAAUUUUGCAAGAAAUUGACUGCAAACAAUGCUGCCAUUGUCAUUGCUGACUCUAAAUUUCAUGGCAAUUUCAGUUAUAAAUUUCAUACCUACUUUAACAGCGUCAAUCGUCGAGUUACAUUUUAACGAGGCUGCAGCAUGGACUGUUGUAAGUAGUUUGUCUUCUCUGAAGUGAGACUACCUAAACCAUACCCAACUUCUUUGCAUCGUACCACACCCAACUUCUCAAAAAAAAACAUGUUGCUAUACUUUUCAUAGACUGCUUGACUGGAUUUUAUUCAGUUUUAUCUCCAAUGAUCCAAUGACGAUUGACGAGCAGGCGAAGUGUUCGUAUUAUACGCCUUAGCUUCAAUCCGCUCCUGGGUCUAAAAUGUCAAAUUUUAAUUUUCCUCUUUAGCUUGAGCUUGACGACCGCACUUCUCAUAGUUGCUCCUUCGUGAUCGAUCUGAGCUACUGAAGUUGCACAAGGAGUCACGUAUAUGGCUACUUGGGACUAGUUUGCCAUCUUCAGUGUACAGUUGAACCUGUUUUUGUGCAAAAUUUAUUUUGUGCGACUUUUUUAUGCGAUUAUUUUUUUUUUGUGCGACUGUUUUUGUGCAAAUUUUUUUUGUGCGGUAUAUGAAAAAAGACCACUUCCGACAACCUUUUUCAGCCAUUUAGUUUUUCCGAUUCUUGGAAUGGAUUCCAACGCAUUACAGAAGUGUUGCGUCCGAAAAUUACUAUUUGAGCCAGUCUUACGUAGGAGAAGUCACGAAUUGCUUGUCUACGAAAGAAAGCAGUUGAAAGGAUUAGUAUGUUUAAAAAAGUUUCGUUUACCAAUCUGAUGUUUUAAAAUUGUUCUCAUAGGUAUUCUAAAUCAGAAUCAACAACUUUCGAGUUAGUUUUGUCUGAAAUUUUUUUUUUAUGCGGUCCCUAUCCACCGCAUAAAAAAAGUUUUUUUUUCAAUAAUGCUGUGGAAAUAUUAUUUUGUAGCUGCACGUGAAGUUUCAAAUGACUUUUAUGCGAUUUUUUUGUGCGGUCCCUAUCCCUCGCACAAAAACAGGUUUGACUGUACAACAAUUCAGUAACUACCGCUCUGUAUAGAUCGAUAACGGCGUCGGCCGUGUCCUUACGAUCGUUAGGGUAAGGAAGGAUGUUGUAAGGAAGGAGAUGUAAUAGUCGUUGUAGUCGGAGACCGAGUUUACAUCUGCAUCUCCACGACAGUGACGGGAAGGAAGGGUUGUGUCACCGUGGUAAGUGACUGAAUCGGACAGUGUUUCGCGCGAAGUAAACUUAUUGCGAAGAGUAUUCUUUGUCAGAUUCCGCGGACCUACACGGGCAGCACGUGCGAAUACACUUAACCACCGGAAGCAUCCAAGUCACGAUAUUUGUUUGUUACUAUUUUCGAGUACCGUCGAGAAAGUAAUUCGGCAGGCGCGAAUUGUGAUAGGGAUACGUGGCCAAACAAUCAGACCGAGCUUAUUUACCGCCGCGAAUGCCGGGGAAAGGAAGGUUUGUGAUUUUAUGUCACCGUAGUAAUUGAUGGAAUCGAAUAAUGUUGCGCGCGGGUUCGCCUAUUACGAAAACGAACGAUGAGUAUCUUUCUUGCCAAACACUGCGAUCCUCUGCUUACAAUGCGCGCGAAAAAGCAUCUACCACUCGUAGCAACCAGCUGUUUCUCUGUUACCAAAACCCGAACACCAAUACUUUUUCGAUUUAGUUGAAUAUAAUGUAAAUAUAACAUAAUAUAAAUAUAAUAAAAAA